AUGAACACUACCUUUCAGCGACAACUUGUGCACCUUGGACUUGUCCUUGGAAUCCUUUGUUUCCGGCAUGAUUGGGGUUAUGUCGCCGCAGCAAUCGCCCUCACCGCCCACGGGUUUUCUCCGCAAAGGGCCCGGACACGACUUUGGUCUCUUGCACUCACACGCUCCCGUGCCACACGGAUCCCGAUGCGAGGAUGUCUGCAGUUGGCCCGAUGGCUGAGCGCAGCGCCAAAUCCGGCCGCGAGUCUCCUCAGGCUGCCAACUGAUCUCUCGAUCUUUAAUCGCCAUUCAGCCCGGGUUUUCACCAGCUCGGCAUCUUGGAAUGCCGCGCAAUCCGCGGUACGGACACCAGACAUAGAUCUCGAGCGGCGCAUUUCUGCAAUUCCAAUUGAGCGCUACCGCAAUUUCUGCAUCGUCGCGCAUGUCGACCAUGGCAAGAGUACCCUCUCCGACCGGUUACUCGAACUCACGGGGACCAUUCAGCCCGGCAUGAACAAACAAGUCUUGGAUAAACUCGACGUCGAGCGAGAACGCGGAAUCACCGUUAAGGCGCAGACGUGUACGAUGAUCUACAACCACAAUAGCGAGGACUAUCUAUUGCAUUUGGUGGAUACACCCGGCCAUGUGGACUUUCGCGCCGAGGUCUCGCGAAGCUAUGCCAGUUGUGGCGGGGCCUUGCUGUUAGUUGAUGCUAGCCAGGGUAUCCAGGCGCAAACAGUCGCGAAUUUCUAUUUGGCGUUCGCGCAGGGCCUUGAGCUGAUCCCCGUGAUCAACAAGGUGGACUUGCCGUCCGCCGAUCCAGAGCGGGCUCUGCAGCAGAUGAAGAGCUCUUUUGAGCUUGAAACCGACAACGCGGUUCUAGUCUCGGCUAAGACUGGAUUGAAUGUGCAAGCUUUACUGCCCACCGUUGUGGACAAAAUUCCAGCACCAGUUGGUGAUCGCGAAAAACCGCUCCGCAUGCUUCUCGUUGAUUCCUGGUACGAUUCGUACAAAGGCGUGAUCCUUCUGGUGCGCGUGUUCGAUGGCGAGGUCCGUGCUGGCCAACAGCUUGUAUCAUUUGCAACGGGCAUCAAAUACUAUGUCGGCGAAGUGGGGAUCAUGUAUCCUACCGAGACAGCACAAACUGUUUUGCGUGCGGGCCAAGUCGGAUACAUUUAUUUCAAUCCGGGUAUGAAGCGGAGCAAGGAAGCCAAGGUCGGCGAUACAUACACUCGAGUUGGUUCAGAAAAGGCCGUAGAGCCUUUGCCCGGGUUCGAGGAGCCCAAGUCGAUGGUCUUCGUGGCCGUAUAUCCCGUGAAUGCCGACCUUUUUGAGCAUUUGGAAGACAGCGUUAACCACCUUUGUCUGAAUGACCGGAGUAUCACGGUGCAAAAGGAAUCAUCUGAAGCUUUGGGAGCUGGGUUCCGGAUGGGGUUCUUGGGUACCCUUCACUGCUCGGUCUUCGAAGAUCGGCUGCGCCAAGAGCAUGGCGCCAGUAUUAUAAUCACACCUCCUUCAGUCCCAGUCAAUGUGGUAUGGAAAGAUGGCACCGAGGAGAUUAUCACGAACCCGGCAAAGUUUCCCGACGACGAUAGCGUUCGUCUCAAGGUCGCCGAGAUCCAAGAACCCUACGUCCUUGCCACCUUGACCUUCCCAGAAGAAUACUUGGGCAAGGCGAUUGAGCUAUGUGAGGCCAACCGGGGUGAGCAAGUCAGCCUCGAAUACUUCACGGCGACUCAGGUCAUCCUCAAAUAUGAGCUGCCUCUGGCGCAUCUCGUGGACGAUUUUUUCGGGAAAUUGAAAGGGUCGACCAAGGGCUAUGCCACUUUGGACUACGAGGAGUCCGCCUGGCGAGCAGGCAACAUCGUCAAGCUCCAGCUGCUGGUCAACAAGGAGCCUGUGGAUGCCGUCUCGCGAAUCAUGCACAUGAGUCAGGUCAACCGCCUGGGAAGGCAGUGGGUGACCAAGUUCAAGGAGCAUGUCGAUCGACAGCUGUUUGAGAUUGUCAUUCAGGCUGCCGUUGGCAAGAAGAUUAUCGCUCGCGAGACUAUCAAGCCAUACCGCAAAGACGUGUUGGCCAAGUUGCAUGCCAGUGAUGUUAGCCGUCGCCGGAAGCUCCUGGAGAAACAGAAGGAGGGCCGCAAGAGACUGAGGGCCGUUGGCAAUGUGGUGAUUGAGCAUAAAGCCUUCCAAAAGUUCCUGUCCAAGUGA